UUGGCCCAUUCCUCCCAAGUCCCAACUGUUUUUGGUCCCCAGCAAAAAUGCAGACCAGCGGGCAACUUCCGUCCACAAGCUUCGAAGGGUAGAGUAAACGCGUGGAUGUCUGUGCUCUCCUUCAACGCCAACCAAAAUGUUUAGUCCAAAUUUAGACGCCAAAUUAGACCUUUCCAAAUUAAACGGAUCUCUUCGCAUUGCUUGCAGAACCCACUCCCAGAAUUUUAGCACCUCCUCGCAGAAAUACUCACAAUCAUGUCUCUAACAAUCAGACUACACAUCACUCCCUACAAUACCCUCAAUCUCCAUACAAGCAGCAAGACUAAAUUCACAAGUUACAGCACCAGAAUUCGACCAAAGCCCAUUUACCACUCCAACCCAUUGAUUCAUUUCGUUUAUAAUAAACCCAAAAUGCUAGAUUCUUCUAACCCAGUUGAGUCUUCCAUUCCUUCGAUCAAGAGCUCGCUGAUCGACCCGGACGGUGGUGCACUGGUGGAUCUGGUGGUGCCAGAGAACGAGCGGGGAGCGAAAGCUUUAGAGGCAGAGUCAAUGCCUAAGGUAAGGCUGACCAAGAUCGAUGUGGAGUGGGUGCACGUGAUUAGCGAGGGAUGGGCGAGUCCGUUGAGAGGGUUCAUGAGAGAAAACGAGUACUUGCAGAGUCUGCAUUUUAAUUCUUUGAGAAUGGCGGAUGGGACUGUGGUUAACAUGUCGCUUCCCAUUGUUUUGGCGAUUGAUGACGAGACUAAGGAGAGCAUCGGGUCGUCGAAGAAUGUAGGGUUGGUUGCUCCUGAUGGAGAUUUAAUUGGCAUUCUUCGAAGUAUUGAGAUAUACAAGCAUAACAAAGAGGAAAGAAUAGCGAGAACUUGGGGUACAACUGCACCAGGAUUGCCAUAUGUUGAGGAGUGCAUCACUUCCGCUGGAAAUUGGCUCAUAGGUGGAGAUUUAGAAGUACUAAAACCUAUCAAAUAUAAUGAUGGGCUUGAUCAUUAUAGGCUCUCUCCCCAACAACUUCGGAAGGAAUUUGAUAACCGUCAAGCUGAUGCGGUUUUUGCAUUUCAAUUGAGGAAUCCUGUACAUAAUGGGCAUGCCUUGUUAAUGAAUGACACACGCAGGAGACUUUUAGAAAUGGGUUACAAGAAUCCAAUUCUACUGCUUCAUCCUUUGGGAGGUUUCACAAAGGCUGAUGAUGUGCCUUUGGAUGUUCGGAUGGAACAACAUAGCAAGGUCCUUGAAGAUGGUGUUCUUGACCCUAAGACUACCAUUGUUUCUAUAUUCCCAUCACCUAUGCACUAUGCUGGUCCAACUGAAGUACAAUGGCAUGCCAAGGCACGGAUAAAUGCAGGUGCUAAUUUUUACAUUGUAGGUCGUGAUCCUGCUGGUAUGGGUCACCCGACAGAGAAGAGAGAUUUAUAUGACCCCGAUCAUGGAAAGAAGGUGUUGAGCAUGGCUCCUGGGCUGGAGAAGCUAAAUAUUUUGCCAUUUAGGGUGGCAGCAUAUGACACUGUGGCAAAGAAGAUGGCAUUUUUUGAUCCAUCUCGUUCUCAGGAUUUCCUCUUCAUCUCUGGAACUAAGAUGAGGACUUAUGCAAGAACUGGUGAAAAUCCUCCAGAUGGUUUUAUGUGUCCUGGUGGUUGGAAGGUGCUUGUCCAAUACUAUGAGAGCUUGCAGAUUGAAGAGGAAACAGAGAAGCCAACAGUCUUAUCCACUUAAAUAUGUGAUUUAUUACCAGAAUUUCACUCAAAAAACAGAAGAAAGAGCUGUACCGUAGGGAUUGAUUUUGAUUAUAGUAAACUGAGAGAGUUUUCUUUUGACCCUCUGAGGUUGGGUUUCCCCUUUUUUUUAACUUAGGUCGUGCCUGCUAUGGAUGUAAAAUAUUAAUUUUGUUUUUUUAUUUACUUAGACAAUUAUUUUAUGGGCUCAUGGUGCUAUAUAUGUAACAAAUAGAGUGGUUUAUAUAUGCCCCAUUUAUAA